AAGAUAAUGUCUCACAAAGGAUGUCUCAGUAUUACAAAAUACUUCCUCUUUCUCUUCAACCUUUUCUUUUUUAUCCUUGGAAGUCUGGUCUUCAGCUUUGGCUUAUGGAUACUUUUUGAUCAAAAUAAUUUUGCUUCCACCCUUGGGUCCUCAUAUUAUGCUCUUAAAAUAUGGUCCUACGUUUUCUCGGGUGCGGGCAUACUAACAAUGUUAUUGGGAUUUCUUGGAUGCUUGGGCUCUCUCAAGGAAAUCAAGUGUAUGCUAGGACUUUACUUUGCCUUCCUAUUGCUCCUGUUUGUUGGUCAAGUCACCAUUGCAAUCCUGAUACAGACACAUAGCAACACGAUCAGUUCAACAGUGGCUGGACACGUAAAAACCAUCAUUACAGGCUAUGGAACAAACACAUCCCUUUCAGAUCAUGGUGACAGCUGGGAUUUUGUGCAAGAGCAGUUCCAGUGCUGCAGCUGGACAGGCUGGACAGACUGGAUGGAAAAUAGCAGGGUCAGAAAUGCCUCAAAUAAACAGUUUCCCUGCUCCUGUCGUAACACCUCUGUUCUACCUUCAGCCAACAACAGAACAACUGCCAAGCUGGCCCUCUUUUGCCAAGCAGAGGGACAGUUGCCAAUCAACAAUAGAGGCUGCAGGGAGAGCGUCCAAACCUGGCUGAACAAUAACCUCAUCAGCAUUGUAGGGAUCUGCCUUGGGAUUGCUCUCCUAGAGCUCUUCCUCAUGAUGGUAUCGAUGCUUCUGUGUAGAACCGUUGGUCCCAACUACGACAAGCUUGCUCGUUAUUCCUAGGCAAA